UUGAAUGGAAUUUUAGGAAUCAUGAAACGAUUGGAUUAUCUGCGAAUAGAGGAUGAUCACAAAGCUAGUUUCAUAGUUUUAAAUCUUCGACCUGAUGAACAGCAGCGCCUUUCAAAUGCUCUUAAUAAAAUUAUGAAAAAUCAAGGAAUCAUUCCUAUUAAAAUAACAAAAGAACAACAAAAACAGUUAUUUUUAAUAAAUUCUAUACCAUUCGUUGGUUUUGGUUUCCUUGAUAAUUUUAUUAUGAUAAUAGCUGGAGAAUAUAUUGAUCAGACCAUAGGUGUAUGGUUGGCAAUCUCAACAAUGGCUGCUGCAGCUUUAGGAAAUACAAUUUCCGAUGUAUCAGGCAUUGGUCUCGUACAUUAUGUCGAAGCAGUUGCUAGAAAAUUUGGUCUGUAUCAUCCUGAACUGACAGAUAAACAAUUAAAUUCGACUCUCGCGCGAACAAUAGUGAACUUAGGACGUGCUUUUGGUCUAAUUUCCGGAUGUCUUAUUGGGAUGUUUCCGCUUUUAUUUUUUAAUUCGAGUGAAUCUGAGUGA